AUGAUAGCAUGACUGUAUCUAGGAUUUCUGUAAAACUCUUCUAACAUUGAGGGUUUCUUUCUCCCCUUAAAGGAAGAUGUAGAUUCUUUUAUGAAACAGCCUGGAAAUGAGACAGCAGAUGUAGUUCUUAAGAAGUUGGAUGAGCAGUAUCAGAAGUAUAAAUUUUUGGAACUUAAUCUUGCUCAAAAGAAAAGGAGGCUAAAAAGUCAGAUUCCUGAAAUUAAACAGACAUUAGAAAUUUUAAAACACAUGCAGAAGAAAAAGGAUUCCACAAAUCCAAUGGAAACCAGAUUUUUAUUGGCAGAUAAUCUCUACUGCAAAGCUUCAGUUCCUCCUACAGAUAAAGUUUGUUUGUGGUUGGGGGCCAAUGUGAUGCUUGAAUACGAUAUUGAUGAAGCUCAGGCUCUGUUAGAGAAGAAUUUGUCAACAGCCACAAGAAACCUUGAUCUUCUAGAGGAAGACCUGGAUUUUCUUAGAGAUCAGUUCACCACUACAGAAGUCAAUAUGGCUAGAGUUUAUAAUUGGGAUGUAAAGAGAAGAAACAAGCAAGACCCUUCCAAAAACAAAGCAUAGUUUUGCCAAUUUUAAAUGUGGUUUCAAUUUGCAAAUAUUUUUUAUUUAAACACCCCCAAGUUCAUUCUUAAGGGACUGAGUUACUUUCAGCAUUUCAGUAAAUGGUCAAAUAUAUGAAACCUAAUGGUGAGCACCACUUUAUUUAUUUGUAAACUCAAAAAUUUGGUUUCAUGCAUGCUUCAUGAAAUGAAUUAUUUGAAAAGCCACCACACAGUCCAGCAAAGGACAUAGUAUUUUGAUCAGACCAGUCUGUCAUAAAUAAAUUUCUACCUGAAAGCUUGUCGGAAAAGCUGAGGGGCACAUAUGAAAUGGAGUCUGACAUUUUGGCAGGUUAACGUAAUGCAGGGGUUUACUUUUUCAUCUCUGUGUACAGCUGAUGAAGUUAAAGUCGACUU